UUAACCACUUUAAGAGGCUUUUAGAUUUUUUUUGCUCGUCUGAAAAACAACUCGUAAUUUUAUCGCAUUUUUUCAGUUCGUACUUUUUAUAUGAUCUUUUGAUAACUUUAAUGGCAUUCAUGGUUUGGUUUACUUGUGGUUUCAAAAAGCUCUAAAACCACUUACAUUUGGCCUGUCUCACAUACAAUGGCAGUUUAUUACAUUUCGAUGCAGUUCAUUUUUUAGAAGCUAUGUAGAAUUUUUUCCAAGUUUUUUAAACUCUUUACAUUGAAGAUCUUAGAUCUUGACAAACUCACCAUAAAGGGAGUCUACUGAUUGGACAUGUGUACAGACAAUAAUACAGUAAUAACUAAUAUCCUUCUGAGUUUCCAUGAUUUCAACAAAUUUAAAAUUCCACUUUUCAUACUGUUUCUCUUACUCUAUAGUGUGAUAUUAUGUGGAAAUGUUCUUAUUAUAUUCCUGGUGUCAUUUAAUAAACAUCUCCAGAUCCCAAUGUUCUUCUUUCUGAAACAUGUAGGAUUAGCAGAUGUUCUGCUUACGACUGACAUUAUACCCAUGAUGUUACAUAUCAUACUCAAUGAAGAAAUGAUUAUAACUCUAGAUGGAUGCAAAUGCCAACUUUAUAUUUUUGGUAUUUCAACUGUGCAAUGUCUUCUGCUUGCAGUAAUGUCCUAUGAUAGAUACCUUGCCAUCUGUUACCCACUGCAUUAUAUUUCAGUCAUGAGCCCUGAUGUCUGUCUCCUGCUUGUAGUGGGGUGUUGGUUAUUAGCCUUUGUUGUACAAACUGGUGAAAUGAUUUUGGUAUAUCAAAUGGAUUUCUGUGGCUUUAACCAAAUUGACCAUUUUUUCUGUGAUUUUGGCCCACUUGUGUCACUUACUACUUCAGACACAUUUGUAUUAACAUUUGUUGAUUUGGUAUAUUCAUUUAUCGUAAUAACUUUUCCAUUUAUCUUCAUCAUUGGAACUUAUGUCUGUAUCUUCAUAACCAUCUUCAAGAUGAAUUCCAAGACUGGAAGAAAGAAGACAUUCUCUACCUGCAGCUCACACCUAACUGUUGUGUGCACAUAUUAUGGGACUCUCAGCAUUGUCUAUAUGAGUCCAGCUGAAGAAAGCUCUUCUACUGCUAAAAUGAAGAAGUUUGUAUCUCUUUUUUACAUUAUAAUGACUCCGUUUAUGAAUCCCAUAAUAUACAGCUUGAAGAACAAGGAAAUCAGAGAAACCGUGAGAAAAUAUAUAAAGUGACACAGAAAAUAAAUUGAC